UCGGGUUUGUGCCAGGCUUCCGGAGUCGCCUCGGCCAGGGCUGUGGGUUGCUCGCUUAUGGGGCGGUGGUUAAGGCUGCGGGGCGCCGCCUGGGGCUCCUUGGCUUUCUCGCUGCUGCGGCUGCUCCUGCUGCUGCGGCUGCCGGGCGGUGGGGCUGCUCCUGCUGCUGCAGCCCCCCAGCCUGCAGCCGCACUCGGGUCGGCAGCGGCGCCCUUGCUUUGCAACGUCAGCUUGGACAGCCCGCCCGAGCUCCGCUGGCUGCCGGCCCUGCGCCACUUUGACCCGGCCUUCCUGCGAGCCGCGUACGCCCGGAUCAUCCAUGAAGCGGUUCCCAAGUGGGUUCAUGCUGUUAUUCGUCCGCUAGCUGAAGAAAUUGAAUCCUUUUUCCCUCAGCCAUUUGCAGGCGAGGUUCGAGGUCUCUGCAAAGCCCUGGGGCUGAAUGUUGGGGAUGGAUUGCUCCUCAACUUGGCCUACGAAUACUCUGCUUUCUGCACCAGUAUUAUUGCACAGGAUGAUGAUGGAAAUAUAUACCAUGGCCGGAAUAUGGAUUAUCUUUUUGGAGAUAUUUUACAGAAGAUUACCAUUGAUGUGGACUUCUUAAAGAAUGGGCAGGUAAAGUUCAGAGGUACUACGUUUUUCGGUUACGUAGGUUUAUGGACAGGACAAAGACCGCACAAGUUUACAAUUUCUGGAAAUGAGCGAGCUAAGGGUUUUUGGUGGGAGAAUGUCAUCGCUGCUUUCCUGAAUCGAAAUUCUCUGGUCAGCUGGCUGGUCAGGACUGUUUUGAACGAAGCGGAAAGCUUUGAGGCUGCUGCUCUUAUGCUGUCCAAGACGCCAAUUAUAGCUGACGUGUACUACAUCAUUGGGGGCACAACGCCCAGGGAGGGGGCCGUCAUUACAAGAAAGAGAAGCGGGCCGGUAGAUAUUUGGCCCUUGGAUCCUCUGAGUGGAGGGUGGUACCGGGUGGAGACCAACUACGAUCACUGGACAACCCCUCCUCCUUUGGAUGAUCGAAGGACUCCAGCCAUGAAAGCGCUGAAUGCCACUGGACAGAGCAAGAUUAAUCCCAAGUCUCUCUACAAUGUACUAUCAGUACAGCCGGUCUUAAACAACUGUACAGUUUAUACCACUGUAAUGAGUGCUGCAACCCCCGGUGAGUACAUGACACGGAUCAGGACCUUGGAGGGAAAAUGUAUACAGAAAGCGGGAUUGGACCAAGAUGAAGGAGGUGUGAAAAUUAGAGGGAGAAAUAUCAAUGAUUUAAGAUAUGCAGACGAUACCAUACUAUUAGCAGAAACCAGUAAUGAUGUGAAAAGAAUGCUGAUGAAAGUUAAAGAGGAAAGCACAAAAGCAGGACUACAGCUCAACCUCAAAACAACGAAAGUAAUGACAACAGAAGAUUUAUGUAACUUUAAAGUUGACAAUGAGGACAUUGAACUUGUCAAGGAUUAUCAAUACCUUGGCAUAGUUAUUAACCAAAAUGGACACAAUAGUCAAGAAAUCAGAAGAAGGCUAGGGCAGCUGUGAUAGCAGUGGCGUCACUAGGGUUGGUGUCACCCAGUGCGGUAACUCAUAGUGUCACCCCCAUGGACCUCCUCCCAUACCAGACCAUACAGAAUCCUUAGUAAUGUUUUUUGUACUAAUGUUACUCGUAAAUUGUAAUUCCAAUAUAUCACUGCAUGUAAUGGCAAUAGUAGUGACAUAAACAACUAGCAAAAUUAAAAUUACACCUUUAAAUUACAAUAUCAUACACACAGCCUAAAUGUAUUUACAUUUACAUAGUUUCAUGUGGUUAAAGUGACAAUUCGUUAAGAAAACAAUAGAAUUCUUUGUUAUGUUUACUCAGAAGUCCCAUUAAUUUACAGCACAAUCCUAACCAUGUCUACUCAAAAGUAAGUCCUAAUGAAUUCAAUGGGGUUUACUCCAGGCACAUGGGAUCAGCAUUCCUUUACUCCCAGAAAAGCAGUAUUGGAUUAAAGCUUUCAUAUUGGAAAGGUUUUCAAAGCACUGCCCUCUCCAACAGCCCAGGGUCUGACUGCGUGCUACACACAAGAGGAAAAAAACUUUAACCCAUAUUCUUACUUACUCAAACUGAAGACCUCAAAACCACCAUUUUGACGUUGUAAUGAAGCCUAAGCACUGUCUGGGUCAACAAAUCACAAGCCUGGCUCCCCUUAUUGGCUACAAUCCUGAAAGGGCGUGAUUAGAGGCCAGAGCUUGGAAAAGUUAUUUUUUUGAACUAUAACUCCCAUCAGCCCAAUCCAGUGGCCAUGCUGGCUGGGGCUGAUGGGAGCUGUAGUUUAAAAAAGUAACUUUUCCAAGCUCUGGCUAAAAGCUGCUAUACAGAUUGGUUAAAAAACAGAUUAAAGAGUCAUGGGGGGCUGACGUUUUGGUGUAUAUCUCGGGAACCAGACGAUCUAGAAACUUAGUGUUUUUCUUUAAUUGAAGCUGAGAGUCCAGAGAUUAAGGCAAGUUAUCUGGAGACCCAGAGGGGACCCCCCAAAACCGGAAACUCCAGCUGAAAAUCAGACACCUGGUAACCCUAUUCCAUCUUUGCACCCUGAUUGACUGCACCCCGACCCCCCCUUGGUACGCCACUGAAGCAUGCAGCGGGUUUACAGAGGCAGUGCUUGCCUGGGCUGGAGGUUUGAAUCUCCUGCUCUUUGGCUGCAGAGCAGUUUUCCCCCCAUCCUGCCUGGGAAGCCACUCAGGCACACAGCCCAAGAGCAGGCAGGGGUUCAAACCUCCCACCUAAAAUUCACAGCUGAUGAGUGGUCAGGGCAGGCAGGAUGGGGGAAAAAAACUGCUCUGCAGCCGAAGAGUGGGAGAUUCCUCAAGAGGGAUGUGGCUGGCGAGAUGGCCUCUGCAGGGCUGAAGAUAGCGGCUCUGGGUGUCACCCCCCUCUGAUGGUGUCACCCGAUGCGGUCUGCACCCCCCAGUCAUGCCACUGUAUAGAACUAGAAAAGGUUCUCAAAUGCAAAGAUGUAUCACUGAACACCAAAGUCAGGAUCAUUCAGACCAUGGUAUUCCCGAUUUCUAUGUAUGGAUGUAAAAGCUGGACAGUGAGAAAAGCAGAUAAGAGAAAAAUCAACUCGUUUGAAAUGUGGUGUUGGAGGAGAGCUUUGCGGAUACCAUGGACUGCAAAAAAGUCAAUUAAUUGGGUGUUAGAGCGAAUUAAACCAGAACUAUCAUUAGAAGCUAAAAUGAUGAAACUGAGAUUAUUAUACUUUGGACACAUAAUGAGAAGACCUUAUUCACUAGAAAAGACAAUCAUGCUGGGAAAAAUAGAAGGGAGUAGAAAAAGAGGAAGGCCAAACGAGAUGGAUUGAUUCCCUAAAGGAAGCCAUAAACCUGAAUGUACAAGAUCUGAACAGGGUGGUUCAUGACAGAUGCUCUUGGAGGUUGCUGAUUCAUAGGGUCGCCAUAAGUCGUAAUCGACUUGAAGGCACAUAACAAACAAAAAAUGCAUACCUUCUUCAUACCGGUGCAUUAUCUCUUGACUAAUGACUUGCCAGCAUUUCUGCUUCUCCCACACUCAAGAAAAAAACAUUUCUGCCCUCUAAGCAGGCAUUCAGGCCUGUUUCCAUUAUGAGUCAGAGUCUCUUGACCAAAGUUUUCUUCCAUUCCAUCCGCAGCUUCUGGGAUGAUCACCUUCACCAUCCACGCAGAUCUGCUCCAAAUACUGAACUCAUUAACCGUGGCCAAGUUCAAAAAUGAUAGGAGUGAGCAUUUGCUAAGCCCCCAAAGUAGCCAAAAGGUCCCCAGUCUCUAAAAUUCUGCCACCCCCCCCCAACUUUUAUUAUAUCUUAUUAAAACUGAUACAGGGACUUAGCUCACAAAUAAUCCAAAAUAAAAUGAAAGCAAAUCUCCGAAGAUUCCAAGCAUAGACAGAUACAAUAACAAGCUCAAGUUGGCAUAAUUCUUAAGCAACCAGCCUGUUCAUGGCUAUAGGAAAGGAAUGUAUUGUACAGUGAGAAUUCUGCCUUUUUUUUCACUUUGCACGGGGCACUUGAGAAAGUUAGAGACAGCACAGUUCCCAUUUUGUGUACCCCCUUCUCUUGUUAAGCUAAGGGGACCCACUGGAACACCACUACCUCUCUGUCAAAUGCUGUCACUGUACACAGCCCUUAAUAAUGCACUGGACUUGGCUUAAAAUAAGACCAAAAAUGUUUGUUUUCUUACUGAUGGCUUAGUUCUGCUGAUCCAAAAGAACUGGUAACCAGAAACUAAAUUUUAAUUAUUUGAAUGUUUGAAAUCUUAUGUCUUCAGGAAGGAUUUAAACGUUAAUGAAUUGUUUUUACUGUUGAUCUUGGAAUAAAAUUAUUUUGCUGUUGA